AUAAUACAAUAAAGGAAUUCUGUAAGGAGGUGGAGGCAACCUCCUACUACUAUAUUUUAUUUUGCUUAACAUCGCAAUCCACAACCGGUCGCCAAUAUGUUACAGUUGAGGAGAACAGGUUAUUGAAAGCACAGGUAUUGAACUCUAUGACAGUGGUGAAGUAACAAAAAAUACCUUUAAAAACUAUUCAAACUUAAGUGUUUCAACAUGUUUAUUAGAUAUGGUUUAAUUUUAUUAUUAUUUCUAAUACAAUCAAAAGCUGUUGAUCCAGAAUUAGAAGAAGAAGUAACGAUUGCCAUAAACUUCUUAAAUUACAUGAAUCAAAUAACAUUAGAGAGAAAUGUAAAGGUGACAGAAGCAGAGUGGAAUUAUGUGACGAAUAUUACUGAUGAAACGUUUAAAAUUAAGCUGGAAAUUGAAAAAGAAGUAGCCAAAGCAGUGAAAGAAGAUUGGGAACAAGUAUCAAAGUUUCAUUGGGAAACUUAUAAAAACCCUGUUAUGAAAAGGAAAUUUAAAUUUUAUUCCUUAAUAGGGUCAGCAGCUUUGCCACCGAAAAAAUUCGAGCGAUUAUCAAGAAUAACCAGCGAAAUGCAAAAGAUUUAUUCAACAGCUAAACUAUGCGAAUAUAAAAACCCCGGGAAUUGUAGCCUUAAUUUAGAACCCGAACUAACAAAGAUUUUCGCCGAAUCUCGUAACCCAAAAGAAUUAAAAUAUUAUUGGUCGAAAUGGCGCAAAGCCGUCGGCCCAAAAGUAAAAGUUUAUUUCGAUGAGUAUGUUUCGUUAUCAAACGAAGCUUCUAGAUUGAAUAAAUUAAGGGAUUACGCUCAUUCUUGGUUGUUGCGUUACGAAGCCGACGAUUUUCGCGAUCAACUCGAACAAAUUUGGCAACAGGUUAAGCCGUUAUAUUUACAAUUACACGCUUACGUUCGGUUUAAAUUAAGAGAAAAAUACGGGGAUUUAAUUCCUAAAAACGGUUUAAUCCCCGCUCAUUUAUUAGGCAAUAUGUGGGCGCAAUCUUGGGCGAAUAUCGCCGAUUUUUCUUUACCAUAUCCUGAUGCAGAAAAAUUUGACGUAACCGAAGAAUUAAUUAAACAAGGUUACACCCCAUUAAAAAUGUUUCAAUUAUCGAACGAUUUUUUCGUUUCGCUUAAUUUAACCGCUAUGCCUGAACCAUUUUGGGAACAUUCUAUUUUGGAGAAACCGGAUGACGGAAGGGAUUUGGUUUGUCACGCUUCCGCUUGGGAUUUUUAUCAAAAUAACGAUGCAAGAAUUAAACAAUGUACGGUUGUUAGCGAAAAGGAUCUUAUUACGGUUCAUCAUGAAAUGGGGCAUAUUCAAUAUUAUUUGCAGUAUGCUAAUCAACCUGUUGUGUUUAGGGAUGGUGCUAAUCCAGGAUUCCACGAAGCUGUUGGCGAUGUUAUAACAUUAUCUGUUAAAUCACCAAAACAUUUAUCAGAAAUCGGACUUUUAAAUUCAUCUUCUAUUGAUGAUAAAAUGAUUUUAAAUAUUUUAUACAACACCGGACUAGAUAAAAUAGCUUUCUUACCAUUUGCAUACAUCAUGGAUCUUUGGCGUUGGGAUAUAUUCGAAGGAAAAACAUCUAAAGAUAAUCAAAAUUGUAAAUGGUGGGAUUUGCGCGAAGAAUACCAAGGAAUAUCACCUCCGAUAACGCGAAGCGAAGAAGAUUUCGAUCCCGCUGCGAAAUACCACGUUUCAGCCGACGUCCCGUACAUAAGAUAUUUCGUAAGUUUUAUUAUUCAGUUUCAAUUCCAUCGGGCGUUAUGUAUAAAAGCUGGGGAAUUUAACCCGGAUGACCCCGAAGGAAGAAAACUCUACGAAUGCGAUAUUUACAAAAAUAAAGAUGCUGGAAACCUUUUGGGGAAAAUGCUUCAAAUGGGGAGCUCCCAACCGUGGCCUGAUGCAAUGGAAGUUAUAACUGGGCAAAGAAGCAUGGAUGCCAGCGGAUUAUUGGAGUAUUUUAGACCUUUGCUGAUGUGGUUGAAAGAGGAAAAUGCGAAAAAUAAUGUUUCGAUUGGUUGGGAACCCGCUGAAAGAAGGUGUAAACCACAUCGAUUAAAUGAUGGGAGUGAGGAUAUGGAGGAUGAAGAAGAAGUUAUUAAAGAUGUAUCAAGUUAAUUAUUUUUUGGAAAAGAAUAAAGAUUCAAACAAAUUUAA